UCCCAAACUCCCACACCAUUCCUAUAAAUAAUACACACAUUUGACCGUCAGAACUCAGUCACUCACUCAGAACUCCACUUUCAAUUAUUUCUUCUCCUACUACUACCAACAUUGUCGUUUGAAUGGAUGAGAGACCAGAAACGGAGCUGAUAUCCAUACCGACAACACCACGGUUGUCGACGCCGGAGAUACAAACGCCGUCAGGGCAGAUGUCGAAGGAAGGUGGGAAGUCGUCGACGGCGUGGACACCGACGUCGUUUAUUUCACCGAGGUUUUUGAGUCCGAUAGGUACGCCGAUGAAGAGGGUGUUGGUUAACAUGAAAGGGUAUUUGGAGGAAGUGGGGCACCUGACGAAGUUAAACCCGCAAGAUGCAUGGCUUCCGAUCACCGAGUCCCGGAACGGCAAUGCACAUUAUGCGGCGUUUCAUAAUCUCAACGCCGGUGUCGGCUUUCAGGCUCUUGUGUUGCCCGUUGCUUUCUCUUUUCUCGGCUGGAGUUGGGGCAUAGUGUCAUUAACCAUAGCAUACUUUUGGCAAUUAUACACAUUGUGGAUCCUGGUACAACUUCAUGAAGCAGUUCCGGGGAAGAGGUACAACCGAUAUGUGGAACUUGCUCAAGCCGCUUUUGGUGAACGGGCCGGGUUAUGGUUAGCUCUAUUCCCUACGGUUUACUUGUCAGCAGGAACCGCAACAGCAUUGAUUCUUAUCGGAGGCGAGACAAUGAAACUCUUCUUCGAGAUCGUUUGUGGGCCGCUUUGUACCUCAAACCCGUUAACCACUGUCGAGUGGUAUCUGGUUUUCACUACGUUAUGCAUCGUGUUGUCUCAGCUCCCGAACCUGAACUCCAUUGCCGGGCUUUCACUCAUAGGGGCAAUCACUGCCAUCUUUUACUCGACCAUGGUCUGGGUUCUCUCGGUUAGCCAACAACGCCCACCCAACAUCUCAUACGAACCCGUCCCAUUGCCUUCAUUUUCAGCCUCAAUUUUUUCGUUUCUUAAUGCACUUGGUAUCAUUGCAUUUGCAUUUAGAGGCCACAACCUUGUCCUUGAGAUUCAGUCUACAAUGCCAUCAACAUUCAAGCAUCCUGCUCAUGUGCCAAUGUGGAAAGGAGCCAAGGUUGCGUAUUUCUUCAUUGCAAUGUGUCUAUUCCCAGUGGCAAUUGGAGGUUUUUGGGCUUACGGAAACCUUAUGCCAUCAGGAGGGAUUCUGAACGCGUUAUUUGCAUUCCACAGUCAUGAUAUUUCAAGAGGGCUACUUGCAAUGACAUUCCUGCUAGUUGUGUUCAGCUGCCUGAGUAGUUUUCAAAUAUACUCCAUGCCAGUUUUCGACAGUUUUGAAGCUAGCUACACAAGCCGCACGAACCGACCAUGCUCAGUGUGGGUUAGAUCAGGUUUCCGAGUGGUCUAUGGGUUUAUCAAUUUUUUUAUCGGUGUAGCACUCCCUUUCCUCUCCAGCCUUGCUGGUUUGUUAGGAGGGUUGACCCUUCCAGUCACAUUCGCAUACCCAUGUUUCAUGUGGGUUCUUAUCAAGAGACCUGCCAAAUAUAGCUUCAACUGGUACUUUAAUUGGACACUCGGGUGGCUCGGGAUUGCCUUCAGUUUAGCAUUUUCACUGGGUGGGAUUUGGAGCAUGGUUAAUAGUGGACUUAAACUGAAGUUCUUCAAACCAAUCUAACGGUUGAUGAUCAUGGUUGAUUGCAGUUGUUUAGAGAACUGUAUGUUUGUGACUGUAAGUUGUUUGAAAUUUUAUCAAGUAUAAUUUAGUA